UCUCACUUUUUCUCUGUAGUGGGAAAAAUGAGAGAAUCUCAUCUGAUUUUCACACUAAUACUUCUUUUAGCUCUUUACCCCCUUCAUUUCCAAGCUAAUGCUGCCCCUACUGGGCCAUUGAUAAAGCACUUGUCUUCUUUACUUAAAUGGACCAGGUCUUCCACCAAAACUCCCCAGUCAGAUGGCAAUGUUCUUCAAUUUGAGAAUGGUUACUUAGUUGAGACUGUUGUUGAAGGCAAUGAGAUAGGAGUUGUUCCUUACAAGAUUUGCGUCUCCGAGGACAGCGAACUAUUUGCUGUUGAUGAAGUUAAUAGUAACAUUGUUAAGAUUACUCCGCCAUUGUCUCAAUAUAGCCGGGGCAGAUUGGUUGCUGGGUCAUUUCAGGGUUACACAGGGCAUGUGGAUGGAAAGCCGAGUGAUGCCCGUUUCAAUCAUCCCAAAGGUGUAACCAUGGAUGAUAAGGGAAAUGUAUACGUUGCUGAUACCAUGAAUCUUGCUAUUAGAAAGAUAGGAGAUGCAGGUGUCACAACUAUUGCUGGAGGAAAGUCGAAUGUUGCAGGAUAUAGGGAUGGGCCUAGUGAGGAUGCAAAGUUCUCGAAUGAUUUUGAUGUGGUAUAUGUUCGACCGACCUGUUCCUUGUUAGUUAUCGAUAGAGGAAAUGCUGCUCUUCGACAAAUUUCACUUAACCAAGAUGAUUGUGAUUAUCAGUAUAGUUCAGUUUCUCCCACAGAUAUCCUGAUGGUUCUUGGUGCGGUCUUGGCCGGAUAUGCUACUUGCUUACUUAAGCAGGGAUACGGACCUUCUUUCUUCCCGAGAAUGCAACCUUCUGAUAAAGAAUUCAAAGAACAACCAAGCAAGGAGAAGCCAACACCGAUUGUCGAUAGCAUGAAAGAGGAACCCGGGUGGCCAUCUUUCGGUCAACUUGUCACAGACCUGUCUAAGCUUGGCCUUGAAGCAAUGGCAAGAGUAUUCCUCUAUUUUGUCCCCUCUCGUUUCCGAUCAAAUGGCUCGAAGAAAAGUCUUACACCGAUGAAGGAUUCUCUUAUAAUGCCUGAAGAUGAAUUCCCUCCUCCGUUAGUUCAAAAGCAGACCACUCCAGCACCCGUUUCUGAUACCCGACAUACACAUACAACUAAUACAACUGACAGGUACUCCGAAAUGAAGCCUCCGAAGAUAAAAUCGAGCAGUUUUAGGGAUCCUUCUUUGUCUAGCAAGCACCGCUUCUCAAAACGACAAGAAUACGCAGAAUUCUAUGGGCCAGGUGUGGCACCUCCUUUCAGUAGGUCUAAGACCCAGAAAGAAAGAACAAGACACCGCCAACGAGAGAAAACAGCCGAGGUGGCUUUUGGAACAGGCGGGACAGAUAAAAAACCAGUCGAGACGAAGCCAGUUGAUUAUGAUAACUCAAAGUUUGAUCAUUACAAUAUGAGGAGCAAGUAUGGAUCCAGUGUUUCAUUCCGAUUCUGAAGUAAUCCAAACUUCGUAUCCAUCUUGCAUGCGCGUCACCGAAUUCACAUUAAGCUAGUUUGUAACUGAAUCAUGUAUGUAUUAGCAGUAGUUUGUACCGUAGAGAUCUACACAUGAGAAUGGCAAUUUAGCAUCGGUUUUUGUUCAUUGCCAACUGCUGUAAUGUAUGCAAGGUUUGAUAUUACCUGCAUAUGACCGAUCCGAACCGAACGAAGUCUUAUGUCUAGUUGCUAUGGAUUUCCGAGGGAAACUGAUCAUUUGUAAGCAUAGUGGUUAACAAACUUUCAUUAUUGCGGAGAACUCGUUU